CGCCCGGCUCCGACUCCGAGCUGUCCGUCAGCAGCGGCAGCAGUGGCGGCCGGAGGAGAGACUCCCUGGACGGCAUCCGCCAAGCCCUGCAAGCUGAACACCACAUGGGGGGAGGAAAGCAGCACAGAGGACCUUUCCAAGGGGUUCGUGUAAAAAAUUCAGUGAAGGAGCUCCUAUUGCACAUUAGAAGCAACAAACAGAUGUCCUCAGGCCAUGUUGCCGAUGAAUUCAAGGCACAAGCAGGAUUGAUGAACUACGAACAGUUUACAGAGUUGAAGAACAUACUCGCUCAUAGUGGUAAAAGAAAGGCUCAUGAGUCUCUCUGUGAUGGACCCAGUUACAAAAGACCAGCUACUUUCCAUUCUCACCUCUUGACACCACCACAAACACCAACCUCUAUGGAUAACAUGGAGGAUGCCCAUAAAAAUGAACCAAAACACGAUAACGGUUCUGAUAUGCUUCAAAACAUUAUAAAUAUUAAGAAUGAGUCAAAUCCUGUUUCUCUGAACACAGUGCAGGUCAGCUGGCAGCACAGCAUAUGUAACCAUAACUCACCAGGGGAACGAUAUCAGGAUAUCCAAGGGGCACAGGCUUUCUCCCCAUCUGAGAAGUACCAAGCCUUCCAAGCGAAUAGUCCACAACAAAUGCUGGAUCCACCCCAGAAUUACCAGUUUUCUUCCUCACAGACCCAGGAUUUGCCACAGAAAUAUACUCAGGAUUCAUUACUGGAAUACAGGCCAUUUUCUGGCGAUGACCAGUCCCCUACCUACCAACAGAAUGUCUUUGAAAGCCACGAACUGCCGUAUUGCCCAACCCAAAGUUUUGCAUCUCUCUUGAAUGAUUCUGAACACUCAGAGAAUAUACUCCAGCCUCUAGCCACUGCCCCUCAGCAGUCCGAUGUCAGUGCCCACGCUCAGAAUUUCAGCCUAGUACCAAAUAAUAGCUGUAGUACACUUGAUGGACACAAUUCAUCUCUGGCUACUCUGAAUGUCUCUCUACAACACCGAGGUAUUGUCAGAAACACGACACAACUGGGCAAGUCAUUCUUUCAGUGGCAAGUGGAACAGGAAGAGAACAAACUGGCCAACAUCUCUCGAGAGCAGAUCCUUGCAAAAGACUCAGAUGGGGACACGUUCCUUCACAUUGCUGUUGCCCAGGGCCGACGGGCUCUUUCCUAUGUUCUUGCUAGAAAGAUGGCUGCUCUGCACAUGUUGGAUAUUAAAGAACACAAUGGCCAGAGUGCCUUUCAGGUGGCCGUGGCGGCCAAUCAGCAUCUUAUUGUCCAGGACCUGGUUAGCUUGGGGGCCCAAGUGAACACCACAGACUGCUGGGGUAGAACGCCAUUGCAUGUUUGUGCUGAGAAGGGGCAUUCCCAAGUCCUUCAGGCAAUCCAGAAGGGAGCUGUUGGAAGUAGUCAGUAUGUGGCCCUUGAGGCGACAAACUAUGAUGGGUUCACAGCUUUGCACUGUGCAGUGCUGGCCCAUAACGCUGUGGUGCACGAACUCCGGAACAGUCAGCAGCCGCACUCUCCUGAAGUCCAGGAGCUUCUGUUGAAAAACAAGAGCCUGGUGGACACCAUCAAAGCUCUGAUCCAAAUGGGAGCCUCUGUCGAAGCAAAAGAUGGCAAAAGUGGUCGCUCGGCUCUGCAUUUGGCAGCAGAAGAAGCCAAUCUGGAGCUUAUUCGUUUCUUUUUGGAUCUACCCAACUGCCUCUCUUUCGUUAACGCAAAGGCUUACAAUGGCAACACAGCACUCCAUGUGGCUGCCAGCCUGCAGUAUCGGGUGACUCAGUUGGAUGCAGUUCGUCUGCUGAUGCGAAAGGGAGCUGAUCCAAGUGCUAGAAACUUGGAGAAUGAGCAACCAGUUCACCUGGUUCCUGAUGGCCCUGUAGGAGAACAGAUACGACGUAUCCUGAAGGGGAAGGCAGUUCAGCAAAGAGCUUCACCAUAUUAAACUCCAUGUGUCUUGGAGUUCAGUAGACUCACUGUCAGUUAGGCAGUCCUAAUGUAUCUGUAAAUAGACCAUUUGCCCUGUGGAGGCAAAUGUGAGUUGUUUCUAUGAAACAAAAGUAUUUAGUUCACUAUCAUAUAGUGGGUUAUGUUAACAAUUCAAAUUCCUCUGAACAGAUGGGAAUGUUCCAUACCCAGGUGUCUGAAUACCUGGAUUUAAUAGCUGUGGCAAGCUGACUUAUUUAAACAGUUUAACUGGUUUUGAGGCAAAGACGAUUGUAUUGAAGGUUUCUUUUUGUAUUUAGAUAGGUAUGAGAUAAAUGGCAACAAUGUUAAGUUUGUUCUUUUUUAAUCACACAAAUAUUAACUUAUGGAGAAAAACUAAUAUUAAUUUUAGAGGCCAGCAGAAUAUUUAUAUUUCUCAGUAGCUUUUUUCCAGUGUCUUAUGCUGUACUGUGUAUAAAUCAGUAGCAUUAUCAUGUUAUUCCGUAGUUCUUUGUAAUUUGCUUGAAGUGAACUAAAAAGACAUAAGUGUUUCAAAUGUAGAACUUUGUAUUGUGGAUUGCACAUUGAAUUUUAAUAUUAUGCUUGUACAAAUAGAUGAAUUUCAUUUAUAUGUAUGAUUGUGGGGGCAAAGAGUACAGUGAAGAUGAAUUGUCACUGACACUUGUAUACAUCCAUCAGAGUUAUUAACAGGAAAUGAAAUGCCAUAACUAAAUGACUAUAAGCUUGAUCCUACUCCCAGUGAAAUCUGUGGGGACAGUAUCAGACCCUGUGUGCAUGCACCAGCACAGGACUCUUUCAUCUUAACAGUGGAUUAUGUGGGAGAAAUAUCCCUAUCUAUUCAGUGUAUAUAUUUUCCUCAGCAUGCUUUAAUGAAUAUGGCCCUGAUUCAGGCAAGUACUUAAGCACAUAUUGCUUAACUCCCUCCCUAGUCAGUGAAAUACUUAAAUAUCAGCUUAAACCCCUCAUUGAUUUCAAUUUAAAUACUUUUGCUAUGUAUUUACCGCUAAAGGCGAAUACUUUCAACAGUUAAGUCCUGUGUUUUUACCUUAUAAGCAUAGUGGAUAGCCAAGUUAUAUUUGAAGCUAACAUUGUUUUGUUUUAAGAAUAAUUCUGACUAUUAUUGCAAAAUGUUUACUAAUGAUGCUGUAUAGACAUGCUCUGUCGGAAAGAAUUUCAUGUUUCCAAAGUGAUCCAGUGUGUACAAUAAUCCAGUUUGUUCUUACACUCUCUUUGCUCUAACUGUUCUUGCAUCACAUGUGAUUCUCUUCCAUAGUCAUGUAACUAACUUGGGAUAAUCUGAUCACAUUGUUUGACAAAGUAUGUCUUGUAGACAAGUUAAUUGGAGAAAUCUGGUAUCCUCAAAUGUAGCUGUGAUGCAUAUCCCCUAAAUUCUCAUGUACAGUUUCAAAUAAAUCUGU